CAGAGCCAAGACCUAUUUUUAUUUUUGUCUCCAAUAAUGAUGUGCUGUCCACUCGUUGUCCUACUUUUGGGCUCCCUAACAUUAUUCGUGGUGUAUUUAUAUCGCCUCUACACCUAUUGGCAAAGACGUGGAAUUCUACAAGAAACUCCAUUGCCAUUGCUGGGUAACUUCAAGGGCCUUGGCACCAGCCACCACCUACGCGAUAUCUAUCAGCGUUUAUAUGGCGAAUUCAAAGGCAAGGCCCAAAUGGUGGGUUCCUAUAUGUUCAUGCAGAGAUCUGCCCUGCUACUCGAUUUGGAUUUAAUUAAAAAUGUUUUGAUUAAAGAUUUCGCAUAUUUUCAAAAUCGUGGAGGUUUCCAUAAUGUGGAAGAUGAUCCGCUCACUGGGCAUCUGAGCAAUUUGGAGGGGGAGCAAUGGCGAGCGUUGAGAGCCAAACUCACACCGGUCUUUACAUCGGCCCGCAUGAAAUAUAUGUUCCCCACCGUGGUGAGAGUGGGUGAAAUUCUCUCAGACACCAUUCGUGGUGAAAUUUCGAGGGAGAGUCCCAAGGAUCAGGUGCUGGAAAUCAAAGAUUUUUGCUCCCGCUACACCACAGAUGUCAUUGCCAAUUGUGCCUUUGGCAUUGAGUGCAGUAGCCUCACAGAUCCCCGGGCAGAGUUCCGGCAGAGGGGUAUUGAUAUUUUUACCAAGCCCAGGCAUCAUCCAUUGCUGCUGUUACUGAUCAUCACCAAUCCCAAAGUGGCCCAGCGCCUGAGGUUGAAAUUAUUUCCCGAUGAAUUGACGGAAUUUUUCAUGAGCGUUAUACGCCAGACCGUGGAGUAUCGUGAGCGGAAUCAAGUUAAAUGUAAUGAUUUUAUGGAUCUACUAAUGGAAAUUCGGGCCAAGGAGGGGGAGGAGGGUUUGAGUUUUGAACAAAUGGCUGCCUUGACAUUUGAUUUCUUUUUGGCCGGAUUUGAGACAUCAUCGACUACCAUGGCUUUUACCCUCUACGAAUUGGCUCGAAAUCCAGAAAUUCAGGAAAAAUUGAGAACGGAAAUUUUGGAUAUUUUGAAGGACUCUAAUGACGAGCUUAGCUAUGAGGCGUUGCAGAAAAUGUCCUUUUUGGAGCAGAGCAUAUCGGAAACCCUUCGCCUAUACCCCGUUCUUGCCACUCUGGUACGUGUGGCCAACCGAGAUUAUCCUGUUCCUGAUAGCCAACACAUAAUCGAAAAAGAUAUUCAGGUGGUGAUACCUGUCCAUGCCAUACACCAUGACCCUGAGUACUAUGAAAAUCCAGAAGAAUUCAAUCCAAAUCGUUUCGCGGCCGAGGAAUGUGAAAGACGUCAUUCCUCCACCUAUUUGCCGUUUGGCGAUGGGCCACGCAGCUGCAUUGGCAUGCGUUUCGGAAAAAUGCAAACCAAAAUCGGGUUGGUUUCUCUACUCAGACACUAUCGUUUCGAGUGCUGUCCCCUUACCGAAAUCCCCCUGGAGUUGGACAAGAAGAGUUUUUUUGUCGGUUCCAAAAAUGGUAUUUUCGUGCGAGUUGUCGAUUUGAAAUGUGAAAAAUAAAAAAUUAAUAUUGGAAAAAUAAAUAG